AGCAGCACGAGCCCGCCCGCCUGCGCUAUAUAAAGCGGCGGGGCUGCGGGCGAGCAGACAGUCGCCCCAUGAGGACCAUGCGAGGAGCAGCCAUGCCCGCGCCCAGGUUGCACAAAAUGCCCGGAAUGCUCUUCUCCGCUCCUCCGAAGGAGCUGCAAGGCACAGAUCAUUCGCUGCUGGAUGACAAGACGCAGAAAAGGAGGCCCAAGACCUUCGGAAUGGACGUGAAGGCAUACCUGAGAUCCAUGAUCCCACAACUGGAAUCUGGGAUGAAACCGUCCAGGUCCAAGGACAUGCUCUCUGCUCAUGAAGUGCUGCAGUGGUCUCAAUCUCUGGAGAAACUUCUUGCCAACCGAGCUGGUCAAGACAUUUUCGGAAGUUUCCUAAAGUCUGAGUUCAGUGAGGAGAACAUUGAGUUCUGGUUGGCUUGCGAGGACUACAAAAGAACGGAGUCUGAUCUCCUGCAUGGCAAGGCAGAGAAAAUAUACAAAUCCUUCGUGCAUUCAGACGCUGCUAAACAAAUCAAUAUUGACUUUCACACUCGAGAAUCUACAGCCAAGAAGAUCAAAGCUCCGACCCCCGCGUGUUUCGACGAAGCCCAGAAAAUCAUAUACACCCUUAUGGAGAAGGACUCGUACCCCAGGUUCCUCAAGUCGAAUAUAUACUUAAAUCUUCUCAAUGACCUCCAAGCCAACAGUCUCAAGUGACCAUUUCCCGGCUGGAGGGAAUUAUAGAUGGUAUCAAGUACCCAGAAGGAAUGUUCCCGGAUGGCUCCCUGGGUGAGCAACUUGGCCUUUGGGGGUGACUGGACAGGCCCGGGGAGAGGCGAAAGCACUCACAAUGGAUUAACGUGGACGCUGUCCAGACGCGGGGUUGAAGAAGGCCCGGGUGGAAAAUGAGAGCCAAUGGAAGGAAGGAGGCACUUUGGUACUGUCGUGACAUGGAGUGACUUACGGACUAGAAAACCCCUCAGAACUGACCGGGCUGGGUCAUCCCAGCUACACAGAAACUGUGAACAAAGGUUGGAAACUGAUUAAGACAUGCUAUCAGCUUCAAGGUCAACGGACUUCUAUGCUGCAUAUUAUUCUCUAGAGACUGUCUUGAGCUGCUGAAAUCUCUUUCAUUCGGAUGACUAUAUUUUGAGAUCACCACUGACACAAAGUGGUGUUGGUGUUGUCUUGUUGUUCGAUUGCUUUGGGCUUGAAAGGGAUGAAGAAAAGGAUGAUGUAUUUAAUUUAAGCUAUUGUUCUUAAAACUGGGAAGUCAGGAUAUAUUUGUUAAUUAAAUUAUCAGUGUCCAUAAUAAACGUGUUUUGUAUUAAAAUACAUACAAGUGGUUCCUUUUUUAAUUUUCCUGGAUAUUUUUUUUUUAACUGGCAUUUAUUCCUCAGUUUUAACAAAAAUUCAAGCAAGGGUUUUCUGCUUUCCAUCAUUUCUUCAACAUCUAAAAUUAUCGUCCAGUUCAUUUGGGGUUGUCUACAAUGAGACAGCCCAAAUGGUUCCUGAAAAUAUAUACAAUCACAAUUAGGAAUUUGAUACAUUUCAUGGGGGCUGUUCACCUUUGUUUAACCUAAAAUGUUUGCUUAGUAUGCAUCCAGGAAAAGUAAGAUUUUAUGGGUAUAUUAAACUAUUAAGGGCACAAGCUGUUAACAUAUUUUUAUAUGCGCAUGGCUAUUUUAAAGUUGCAAUUAAACAUUAGUUCUUUAAAAAAAUUUUAAAUGGAACUAUCAUAUAAUUAAUCCUAUAUUUUAUGUAUUGUAUAUAUGUAUUAGACAGAAUUUAUUGGUUUUGUCUUUGUUAUGAGAAUGCAUAAAAAUCAAACAAAUAUAAUAUGCUUUCAUGUAGCCAAUCUUCAAACUGAUGAGCAACUAAAAAAGUCCUUUAAAAAGGAACAAAAAAGUUUUUUCAAGAAGUAACAACUGCCUGGGAUAGAAGGUGGGGGCAAGCUGGAGGAGGUCAAUGGGGGGAGGAAAAGGGACAUAUGUAACUUGCAACA